UCAAGCAACGCCAGCGCAUUUUGCCCCAGCAACGAACAGUGGGGUGCAUCAAAGUAAACAAUAAUUUACCGCCUCCAAGAUUAGAACGUAUGAACUGCCCAUUACAAGGAGACCAGACCCCUAAGGUAGGUACCUAUCUACCCAUUAGGGGCUUCCAUGAGGUGCUCCCUGUCUACCAGAAAAGCCAAAGUAUCUCUCCGUUGCCAUUGACGACCCACCUUGCCCUUGAACUCUAAACACAUAACAACAAGAAACAGCUGGCUUGCAGCCAGCAAGCCAAAGCCAAUAUGCCACGAAAGUCGGAUGACCUCGACUUCAAUAUACACGUCGAUCCAUCCUGCCUAGGUACACCAAUGGACGAAGAAAUCAGCAUUGUCGCCAGCAAAGAGGAAGGAGCGUCUCCGCUCGAGGAGAUUACACAUCACGACAAGGAGAACGCAGGACCGGAAGCACCGGGAGCAACAGAGAAGGACACAAACGCCGCCGUGGAUGAAAAGGAAAUUGAUACAAAAGUUGAAAGUCCAGUUACAUUACAACAAGAUGAUGUGACUGCGACCUCGGAAGCUCAGCCACAAGACGCCGCCGCUGAGGUUACACGAGUUGCCAUCAGCGAGACCGAGGCCGAUGCCGAUGACAAACCCUGCGAAGAGCCGUCUUCCGAAGUUGUCGAGGGAGAUAAAUCCAUCAAAAAUGUCGCAAAUGGUAGCAGUGCCGACCAAGAAUCCCAGGAUGACCCGGAGCAGGCUGCCCUGGACAGGGAACAAAAGCUUGACGAGGAUACCGAGGAGACACCAAGGGCAUCCGUCAUGGCCGUCCAAGAAGACCAAGAUGCCUCCCGCAGAGAUUCUGGUGGCUCUGACAGGAAAACCUCAAUCAGGACAGAGGCACUCAUCCAGGCGGCUGCAAGAGCCGUUGUUGCCAAUAUCGAGAAGAAAGCCAAGCCCCGCAAGUCCGAGGAAUCAUCCCAUGAUGAGCCAGACGCCGACAAGUCGCUUUUGAGCAACACCUCGGAUGCUUAUGACGACGAUCAUGAUAUAUCAUUCCAGGAAACUGCAAACUCAAGAAGCAGGCGGACGUCCACUGUCUCACGUGCCAUGGAUGCCGUCGACCAAGUCCAUUCGGAGGGCGAGGCUGGUGGUGAUAGCAGUGAUCAUCAUGACCACGACGACGACGACGUAUUCAGUGACCGCAGCCCCCGCAGCUCUUUGGGGUCCGUAAAUGCAGACGGCGUGAGCGACAGGCCGGACUCUAGCAAGUCAGGGGAUUACAAGUCGGGUGACUACAAGUCUAGAACCAGGGACCAUGGAUCUGAGCAUAGGCGCUCCGCUAGAAUUUCUGGAAUCUCUGAAUUCUCCCAAUUCGACGCUGGAAGCCACCUAGAUGAUGGCGAAGAUUACAUGAUGCCGACAAAGACCACCCCCAGGCACCCAUUCCGCACCAUAUCGGACGUGCGAGCUAUGCAGAUGUCUUCCCCGGCUCCCUCGGUUUUCUCUACCCCCCGAUCCGCCAAGAAACACGGAAACAAUCCCCAAUCAGUUUCGCGGAUGGGUAGUCCCGGGGUGUCAGCACAGUACUCGCCCAAGGGUAGACCCACCCCGCCGCGAUUCCGGGUGAAGAAGGAGUCGGCGCCUCUUGUCCUCCUACAUUGCACCCUGUUACCGCUUCGUUGGACCUGGGCUGGGGUCUUGAACGAGGGCCAUCUGGACCUCGAUGAAGCAACCCAGGGUGGAUUCAAGCCCAGCGAAGAGCUAAGGGGGCUUCGUGACAAUUGGCGUAUCCUCCAGGACCGAAUGGGCGACACAGUGCUCGAGAGAGGAAUCCUCUUACCGCAUCCUGAGGCUGACUACGAGGUCCUAGAGGAGAGGCUGCUUGAGGCACUUGAGCUGCCUUUGCGUCGAAGAGCGAGGAUCCUCGAGUGCGGCCACUAUCUUGGGCCCUCGAACAUCACCGAGAUGGACGAUGAGGAGACUGACAGCGAGUUCGAGGACGAUUUCGCCUCAAGGAUUGAGCAAAAGGAAAACGACCGGGACAAAAGACACUGGUGUGCCACUUGUAAACAUGACAUUCGGUACGAAAAUCUUGGCCCAGGUCGUAUUUUCCGUGUCAAGGUCUACGCCAGCAACGGGCUCAUGAAAGCAGGUGCAUGGGGCGCCUGCUGGAAAGAGAUGGAGAGGGUUGACGUCGAGGUUGAGCCGAUCGUUGAGCCGGCGGUUCAGGGUGAAUUGGAGCGUCUGGAGUCUUGGCAGGCUGCAGAAAAGCGAGAAAUUGAGGCUAGGGCCCAAGAAGCACACCAAGCCAUCGAUGGUGGGGAUGACUUUGACUUUGCAGAGAGAGACGACAUCAUGCAGAGCAUCGAGCAAGACGACUUCCGCCACUCUUUCAACGGAUCUGCCGCUGAUCAGACCGUGCUUCAUCACCGGUUCUCUUCCCCAAGAGCCAUUCAAUCCCCAUCUCCAAACCCAAUGCUUCAGGCCUCCUCCCCGCCUCCGCCAUCCGGCAGUGGCCGCAUGUCUGUCGAGCCACGGGAGCGGGACGGAGACAGGAGAAGACGUGAGCAGGAAAGGCUCCGUAAGAUCUAUGGGCAUCAAACGCCCGAGUCUCAUGACGGCAGGAUGAGGGCCGACUCUCAUCAUGUGCGGCAGUACAGCACUUCUGGGCAACAUGGAUAUUCCUCACCUCCUCUGGACGCCCCAAUGGCGCUUGGUGGAUCACACCGUAGAGCAGACAGUAGGAACUUGCCGUAUCAAGACGUUUACGGACUUCCAUCUGCGCCACGCGACUCUCGUAUUGAUGAAUCGGGAUCGCCGGUCAGGGGUGCUUAUAGGGGUCCUCAUCAGUAUGAUGACAGCUACACACCACAGCAUCAAACCCCGGUUUCGCACAACGAGCAAGCCUCCAGGGGCCGAGAAGAACAGCGGGCGCACAACACUCCCCAGCAACGUCGUCGGGGUGACGAGUCUCUGCCGGAACUGCUUUUUGAGGCAGCAAAAGUUCUACUGCGUGACCGGAGGAAUGUUGCCAUUGCGGCUCUCAGCGUUAUGGUUGUCUUGUUCGCUCUGAAGCAGCCAGCCUACUCGAUGUCCGGAGUGUCCGGGGUUCAAGAACGGGAGGCAGAGAUUGCACGAUCAAUUUAUCUCCAUCAACAGCAGCAGCAACAACAACAGCAUCAGUUCACGCAACAGGAGGCCGCUUCAAUUUUGACGGCCCCUGUUAUACAGAAUCCUGUAGUGGCUGAGGUUCAGCAAGCCCCCGUUGUGGUCAAGGCAAGUGUCCCUAUGUCUGAGCCUCCGGUCAUAUCUGUGGCUACUGCCUCGACACCGAACGCGGGGCCCGAGGAGGCUUCCUCAGCGCUUCAUUAUGCUCCUGCGCCCGUCGAUCCACCUGCCGUCAAGCCGAAGAAGAAGACGGUUCGAGUAUACGAGACAGUGACCGAGACUAUUAAGGUGACGGCUACCGAAGUGUCUUCAGCUUCUCCCGAGGCGUCUAGUGUGAAUGAGGAAGAGGAAGAGGAAGAAAUCGAGAUUGAAGUCGUCACCCAAACUGAGAUUGUCAAGAUCCCCGCCGCGACCCAGGCUGCAACGACCCCACAGGCUGAGACCGAAAAAUCUGAACUAGAGGCACCUGAGGUCUCCGGCUUCAACAAAAUUGAUGCCGAUCCCGAGAUCUCCAGUCAGAUCAGCCAACCAGUGGUUGAUGACUCCGCCAAAGAGGCUCUUGACAAGUCGCCGCCUGCCCCUGAGGUGGAGCAAGCAUUGCCAGUAAUGGAACAGACAUCAGCGCCUGACCCAGUGGAUGCUGACGAGGAGCUUUGAUGUGAUGCUUGACUUUUAUGUCGUGUUUUGGACAGUCUCACAGGGUUCCGCAGAUGCUUACUCGCUUGUAUUGUUCAUUGGAAAGCGUUGACCAAACUUCUACAGAAUGCUCCCAGCGUUGGACAUUGCCAUACGAGGAGAAAGCUUGUUUUUUGUUCCAAUGAAUGAAUUCAUGUCUGGAAGACAAUAUCCGGUUUUGUCACUCACUUCUACAUAGCGAAAUUUUUGCAGAUUUGUUAUUAUGCCCCUUAGAUAGCCACGGUAAAUUAGCCGGUUUAUACCUGAUCCUGGUUCGAAGUUUUGUUUACACACUGAUAUGUUUAAACUGCCACUAUCCAGUAUCAAAUGUGAUACCACCUGCUGUCUUGUUAAAAUCGUUCACUUCUGUAUGCCUGGGCACAAAGUUGGAAAAGAAAACAAUAAACUCUGUUAUGAAGCUGUGUUUUUUUUUGGCUUCUCAAAUAUCCCUUGAUACUAAGCCGA